UCAUUGAAAAGUCCGCUGGUUUUCUACUUCUUUAAUUGCAAUUUGCUUCCCUCUUAUCUCUCUCUCUCUCUGUCGUCUCCAUCUUAUAUUAUUCGUAACAAUUAAUGACGGGAUUAAGAUGAUGAAGACAAAGAAUGGCCAUCUGAGUCCCAAGGAAGGUCUUCUUCUUCUUCUUCUUCUUCUUCUUCUUCCUGUUUCAAUGGCGAACCGAGAGAUCAGAACCAGAGCACCCCAGAGGAGAAGGGAAGAAGCGGGAGCCGAGACCCGUUACUAAGUCGAAGGUCGAAUAAGAAUCCAACUGUAACUGAUCGACCAACAGAGAGGAGGGUGAGGGGCUUGACUUUCGAUGGCGGACUUGACUUCGAAGGGAGCCGAUGAGGAGAAUUGCAGCGGUAGAAGUGGAGGCAUGGCGAGUAGUGAGGUCAAGAAGCAGAGCUCUUCUUCUUUGUGUCUGGAGACGUCCGGGAAUGGUGACGGCGUCCGGCUUUAUCUGUCGAGGGACCUGAGGAUUGGUCUGUUGUUCGCGGGGCUAGCCGUGUCCUGCUUGCUCCUGUACAAUUCGACCAAUCCCCUCAAGUUCUUCCCGACCUCGUACUACAGCUCUGUUGGCGGCAGCCCCAUGGGUAGAAAUGUGAGCUUGGAUGUAGUCCUGAAAUCCGCAGCCAUGGAAGAUAACAGGACAGUGAUCCUGACGACACUGAACGAUGCGUGGGCAGAGCCCGGCUCCGUAUUCGACCUGUUCCUCGAGAGCUUCCGUGUUGGGAACGGGACGCGCAAGCUCCUUGACCACCUGGUAGUUGUAGCGCUAGACAAGAAGGCAUACGACCGCUGCCUGGCAGUGCACCGCCAUUGCUUCGCCCUCACCACCAAGGGAAUGGACUUCUCCGGCGAGGCCGACUUCAUGUCCGCCGACUAUUUGGAGAUGAUGUGGCGACGGAUCAACUUCCUCAGGGUUGUGCUCAAGAAGGGCUACAACUUCGUCUUCACGGACACGGACAUCAUGUGGUUCCGGAGUCCAUUCCCUCACUUCUACUCGGACACGGACUUCCAGAUCGCGUGCGACUACUACUACUUCGACCCUGCUGAUAAGAGGAACAGCCCAAACGGCGGAUUCACCUAUGCACGGUCCAACAACCGCACAGUCAAGUUCUACGAGUUCUGGUACGAGUCAAGGAAGUCCUACCUGGGGAAACACGACCAGGACGUGCUCAACGAGAUCAAGUCCCACAAGUUCCUCGACGACAUUGGGCUGCAGAUGAGGUUCCUGGACACAGCCUACAUUGGCGGGUUUUGUCAGCUCUCGAGGGACCUCAACCGCAUCUGCACGAUGCAUGCCAACUGCUGCGUUGGGCUCGACAACAAGAUCCAAGACCUGUCGGCCACGCUCGACGACUGGAGGAAGUACUUGGCUUCGGGCUCGGGCGAUUGGAGUGUCCCCAAGGCCUGCGUAGGAUCCCUUGGCAAGCCGCACAAGCCGCAUAGGCGUGGUCUUUUUCGGAGACGCUAAGGUUCAUCUUCUUCUCUAUACCGACGGAUCAAACAGAUAAGGAUCCGCGUAUUCCCCCAAACUCAUCAAUGUCGAAAAUUCUAUCUCGGUUUAUACCACAAUCCAUUGAUUGUCUUCAUCGACAAACUCUUUUCAUUUCUUGAACAUUGUCCGGAAGUUAUUAUCCAAAGCUGUUGGCCUCAAAAUUCCAAUGCUCUCGACAUCGCGCCAAAGGGUGCUGGAAUGUUAGAUUUUUUUUAAAAAAAACAUGAAUCCCAUCAAAGAGAAUACAACAGUAGGGAUCUCCUCCUUAAUCAGUCACACCAGCAAAUCGCGUGCAAAGAUUUUUGUCCAGUUA